ACGUACAGUCGUAACCAGAAAUGCAAUAUUGAUCGUCGAGAGGCGACCAGUGAGGUUAUAUAUUUCCGAGUGACUGAUAUUUCGCAUCAGUUAUCAAUGAGCAUAAUGCGAGUGCUGGUGUGCUGGUUAGCGAUCCUAUCGGCGGUAGCCGCUCAGAAAGAGACGCACUAUGUGCCCGGUCACGAUGGAAUGGUGCAUCUUUUUGAAUGGAAAUGGCGGGACAUCGCGGAUGAAUGCGAAAGAUUUCUGGGUCCUAUCGGAUUCGGUGGCGUGCAAGUUUCACCGAUCCAAGAGAACGUGAUAGUAGGCAAUAGACCAUGGUGGGAACGUUACCAGCCUAUAUCUUACAUCUGGCAUACGAGAUCGGGCACGGCGGACGAAUUCAAGGAGAUGGUUCGCAGAUGUAACAACGCCGGCGUAAGAAUUUACGUCGAUGUGGUGUUCAAUCACAUGUCCGGUGAUCACCGUGACGCAAAGGGUACCGGCGGUUCGACAGCGAAUACUUAUGACUUCAGCUAUCCGGCGGUACCGUUCUCCCGAGAACAUUUCCACCCCUCUUGCUCGAUCAACAAUUAUCAAGAUCCGAAAAAUGUACGGAAUUGCGAGUUGAGCGGUCUACACGAUCUCGAUCAGUCGAACGAACAUGUCAGGGAGAAGAUUGUCGAGUUCUUGAAUGCAGCUAUCGACAUUGGAGUCGCUGGUUUUCGAGUAGACGCAGCUAAACACAUGUGGCCAGGUGAUCUAAAAGUGAUCUAUUCUCGGCUGAAAAAUCUCAAUACCGAGCAUUUCCCUUCAGGUGCGCGGCCUUAUAUAGUCCAAGAAGUGAUCGAUUAUGGUGGCGAAGCGGUCAGUAAAUAUGAAUACAAUUCUUUCGCCGCGGUAACGGAAUUCAGAUAUGGUAUGGAAAUCAGCAAUUCCUUGAAGGGACGUAAUCUAUUGAAAUGGUUUGGCAAUUGGGGAGAAGCUUGGGGCCUCUUACCGUCCCAGGAUGCUCUGGUAUUUAUUGAUAAUCAUGAUACUCAGCGUGGCCAUCCCGAUAUACUCACCUACAAGUCAUCGAAGCUGUACAAGAUGGCCGUCGCUUUCAUGCUGGCGCAUCCAUACGGAACCGCGCGUAUCAUGAGUUCCUACAACUUUUAUAAUUUUGACGAUACCCCGCCGCAGGACUCCGCCGGCAAUCUUGUAUCACCAAGCAUCAAUUCUGACAAUACUUGCGGCAACGGCUGGGUAUGCGAGCAUCGGUGGCGUCAGAUUUACAACAUGGUGCGCUUCCGAAACGCCGCGAAUAAUACCAACGUCAACAACUGGUGGGACAAUGGCCAGAAUCAAAUCGCCUUCUGUCGCGGAAACGCGGGAUUCAUCGCGAUCAACGGUGACAAUUACGACAUGAAGCAGACUCUCUUCACCUGUCUGGAACCUGGCACUUAUUGCGACGUCAUCUCCGGAAACUUGGAGAACAAUAAGUGUACCGGUAAGGUCGUAAAAGUGGAUCAAAAUAGAAAGGCGUACAUAGAAAUCUUCAAGAACCAGGAAGACGGUGUGCUCGCCAUUCAUCGAGGGGCAAAGGUGACAUAAAGAUCUGAUUGAAGUUAAAAUUGCGUAUUACAAGCAUGUAAGUACAAUAUAAAAUGUGCUACAUAAAAUAUCUAAAAUAUUAAAUUUGAAAGAAUUUAAUUGCAUUUGGAUUAAUUAUCUAACCAACUAUUUAAAAUAUAAAUUGCUUGUAUAUUUUUGCUUAUUAUGAAUAAAAUGUGAGUGUUUGCAUAUCAAUACAAAUAGAAUUACUUAA